UUUGAAUUUUGUCUCAAAAUUUUCGCCAUAUGUUUUCGUUGGUCUGAAAUCUGAAGUAAAAUGCAAUUCUCCAUUCUUUUUGACUAAUUUCCUUCUUCUUCCUCUCUCUCUCUCUCAGGUGCUGUACUUGCUUCGGUGGUUUUGAUACAUGUGAAGAACACAAUGUUUGCCGUAUUAUCCAUACUGUUACUAUUUUCAAGCAUUGAUUGUUUAAGUAGAGCUUUCAGUGAUACUUUAACCCAUCAACAACUUGAACUUUGAAAGGCACAAUCUGUGCAUAUUUAUAACGUUGGUCUCAAUUUAUAUGUCAAGAUGAAGACACAUGCGCAUAUGAAAGUGCGCGGACCUACCAGGGUAAAUGCACAACAGGUGAUUUUUGAGCUAAAGCAUAAAGUGGUUGUGGCACUGAACAAGCUUGCAGAUAGAGAUACCUACCAAAUUGGGGUUGAUGAGCUUGAGAAAACUGCUGAAUGUUUAACCACAGAGAGGAUUGCCCCAUUUCUGUCGUGUAUAUUGGAUACUGAUUCAGAACAAAAGAGUGCGGUGAGAAAGGAAUGUAUUAGACUGAUGGGUACGUUAGCGAGAUUUCAUGAGGGUCUUAUUGGACCACAUCUUGGUAAGAUGGUUGCUAGCAUUGUUAAGCGGCUCAAGGACCCAGACUCAGUUGUGAGGGACGCGUGUGUGGAAACAGUUGGUAUUUUGGCUUCAAAAUUGAGUAAUCGUAGGGGUGAGACUGAUAGUGUCUUUGUUGUGUUAGUGAAGCCACUUUUUGAAGCGUUGGGUGAACAAAACAAGCAGGUGCAGUCAGGUUCGGCAUUGUGCUUGGCGAGGAUCAUUGACAACACUCAUGAUCCUCCCAUCUCAAUUUUGCAAAAGAUGUUGACUCGGACCACAAAGUUGCUCAAGAAUCCACAUUUUAUGGCAAAACCAGCAGUGAUUGAGCUGAAUAGAAGUAUUAUUCAGGUUGGGGGUGCUCCCACACAAAAUAUUUUAUCUGUUGCAAUGGCUGGCAUCCAAGAAGCUCUCAAAAACAGUGACUGGACAACACGCAAAGCUGCUUCUGUUGCAUUAGGGGACAUUGCUGCAAGUGGUGGAUCCUUCUUGGGAUCCUUUAGGGCUUCCUCCAUCCGCUCUCUUGAAUCUUGCCGUUUUGAUAAGGUUAAACCAGUAAGGGAUGCAGUAUUGCAGGCCCUACAGUACUGGAGAAGUCUUCCAGGGCCUGAUACUCCUGAACCUUCAGACGCUGGAUCUUCUAUAAAAGAAAAUUUCUGUGGAGGUGACUACAGUGAUCUCACCAGUACCAGUGAAUCUGGAUGGAAGGAUGCCACCCUCAAGAGAACUGGUCGAGGCUCAAAUAAGGGCACGAUUCCUUUGUCUACCAGAAAAACAUGUCAAAAUUAUGUGGAAACUCAACAUUCUAAAGCAGAUGAUUGGCAUAUUGAAAUUGCAGUUCCUAAAAGCCAUAAUGUUUUAGAAGAUUUUCAUAAUGAAGAAUCUGAGGGUAGUUCUGUUACCAAAGCUUUAGAAAGAAUGAGUACUGAUGUUACAAGCGCACGGGAUAUUGGGUAUGAAUAUGUGCCAAUGGAUGACAAACAGGAGUGUUCUUCUGUGUGCAAUCUUGCAACUGAUAAUUUUGAGACCAAGUUCGUGGCAGUUUCUCAUGAAUGUCUUGAGGAGGGUGGUUCAGUCAAGCCAAUUCGAAGAACUCAGCGGUUUGCAGCUGAAGAGAUUAGUGACGAACAAAUUUACUCAGUAAAAAUGCAGGACCGUAGAAGUCUUGAUUCUACUGUUACCGAGUCUUUUUCCCAAACUGCUAGUGGAUGUUGUUCACAAAUGGCAAACGAAAUGGUUUUCAUCAGAAAACAACUGUUGGAGAUUGAAAACAAACAGUCAAGCCUAAUGGAUCUCUUACAGGUGUUUACAACCGGCAUAAUGGACAGCUUGACAUCCAUUCAAUCAAGGGUAGUAGGUUUAGAACAUGUAGUAGAUAGACUAGCUCAGGAUGUUGUACCCCAUGGGCGAUAUUCUGAUUUAGCAAGCUCCAGAAUUGUGAAGCAGAGCCAAAGUGUGCAUUCACCUCGACUUUCUACCUGCACUCCUCGGCCAUCUGUUGAUAUUCUCAAUAGACAGCCUUCAUUGUUGUCUGUAAAAAGUUCUGAUAUUCGAGAGGUAAAUGCAGUUGGUAGGGGCAGGUCAAGCAUUUCUGCUAAACAAGAUACAGAUAUGUGGACAAAUACCAAGGUAAAUAUUAUUAGGAAUCCUAUGGGGAAAAACAUGCAGAAAAGUUCUGGGCAGGGAAUGCAAAAAGUGGGUUGUGGUCAAACAAGAAAGGAUGGUGUUAUUUUUCCUUCAGGUUCUAGUGCUAUUGUCAGACAAAAUGGUUUGGAAAGUAAGAAUAGCCUUUGGAAGCGUGUGAAAGGUUUUUUAUGUGAAGGGGACCUAGACUCUGCAUAUGUGGAAGCUCUCUGUUCACAUGAUGAUCUUGUUCUGGUUGAGCUACUUGAUAGAACUGGUCCUAUUCUGGAAAGGUUGUCACCCAAGACUGUCAGUGAUAUUCUCAGUACUUUGCCAUCAUAUCUCCUGGAGCAAAGAUUUAUGAACUCCAUAAUCCCUUGGUUGCAGCAGGCCGUUGAUUUAAGCACUAUUCAUGGACCAAAUUACCUUGUUCUUUCCGCAAAAGCAAGGCGAGAAUUUUUGUCUGCAAUUCAGGAGGCUAUGAACAUGGAGUUUUCUAAUCCUAUGGAGAGAAGAACUGUUACUCAACUAGCAAUGAAAUUGCACAAUGUAUGGGGAAAAUGCUCGUGAUUGUCAUAUAAUCAAAAGCAUGGUUACAAUGUUGGAAGAUAAUGCAGAUUUCAAGGUAGGAACUUGUUGCAUGUGCAGUUAUAGGGAAGUGUAGAUUGGUAGCCAAAUGAGAGUAUGUAGUACGGUCGGUCAUCCCAUCAAUUCCAUUCUGUAAUGAACAAAUCUUUAGUUUUUUUUCUUUAUGGAUAAAACGUGUUGGGCUUUUUAAGUCAAUCCAAGAGCUGUAACUGUGAUGACUGAUGAGAUUUUUUUGCUUGAUUA